AUGCACUUCUCAUCGGUUAUCGCUGCAGCCCUCUUGCUGCUCAGUCAGCCGGCUUCUGCCCAAAACAUGACGGAAAUCUGUGCUGGUGCCCCCGGCAUCCAAGGUUGUACAGGGGCGUUCAAAAUCCCUGUUAAAGCCCAGUUGAAGACUUGUAGAACCAAGUACUACUCGAUUGAUCCCUGCAAGACCAAAAAGACAUUCAGAUAUCCUUGCCCCAUUUGGAGCGACCCGUUCAGAAUGUGUGAUGGCACAACCUGUGUUCCUGGUACUGUUGAGAAAUGGACAGAUGUUCCAUGCGGAAUAAACGUCAUCACGAAAACCAUUUCCGUUUGUCAAUCCAUCCGAGAUAUCUUGGGCGGCGCCGGGAGCUCUUUUAUCGACAAAGCCAACACCUUGUGCAACUGUCUCCCCCAAAUGCUCUGGUUAGUCAACUCGGGGAGGUAUGACAGCGCCUUUAGACCAGACGGUUUGCUCAAGGUCGAGUCGGAUGUGGUUACCAAUGUUAUUCGGCUGCAAAAUUGUUUCCUUGAAAAGGAACUUGGGGUUAAAGACAAUCGAAAUGAAGUGUAUGCCAAGGAGCUCACUCCCAAGGACGGCUGGCUAGUCUUUACCGCGCCUGAGAUCACUUCGGCAACCUAUGCAGAGUUGGCCGUGGCUGUUUCUCCCUGUCUGACGGGUGUUGGGUGCAAUCCAAUUGCCGUAACUGCCUUUUUUACUAGAUAUGUCAAAUCUGCGGCACUCGGUAUGGGUUUGCAAGUAGGAAACUUGCUUCUCGGCUGGGUAGAAACAUUUGGCUCAAUGAAGACAAAAGUAUCGACGAUUAUAGGUGCAGCCAACACUAUCAAAACGUCCGUUGGUGCCCUUCCUGGCAAGGUUGACACAACCAAGAAGACUGCUUGCAAGGGAAAGCUCUGCUCUGGCCCCGGAGUUUCUGCUUUUUUGAGCAAAGUUAACAAAGCUAUUACUGCUGCACAAUCUUUGCAGAACAUCCGACAGUCAGCUGACAAGGCGGCGAGCGCUAUCCCGGAGAUGAUCAGCAUUGCCGACAAGGCCAUCGAAGUCACCAAGAAGGUUCCGAACUCGAGCUUCUUCAUGGACCUUAUUCAAAGCGGUUCCUUCACAAAGGUCACAGACAUACUGGAAUCCAUACAGAUUGUUAAGAAGCUGCCAGAAUCGGUCAAGGAAAUCGAGGCUACUGUUGGCCCUGUCCAAGAGCUCGUUUCCAAGUACGAGCCCCUUGUCAAAACGGUUUCUGCAACCGUCAAAGAGGUUACUUCAUUCUCUUGGACUUCAUACACCAAGGAAUUCCAGGCAGAUUCUUCGGGCAAGUUGCGGGGCUUGUUGACUGGGCUUCAAAACAUGAUCCAAUUGCAACUGGGCGAGCCACUUGAUGAUAUUGCCACAGAGAUCAAGAACUUGAAAGAUGCUUUGGCUACCUUUCCAGUCAGCAAAAGCAAAUUCGAUUACGACGCUGAUGUGACCUACUACAGCCGGUGGUCUGAAGUCUCGGUACCUGCGCCAUGCUCCAAGCAGAACAAGGCAAACUUUGAGCUCUCUGGAUACAAGACCUCUUAUAAUUACCCCAGCUUUUACCGUUGCGAUUAUGGACCUCAGCGAGUUCCGUGGCCGAGGCAUUUUGUUCCAUACAUGAAGAUUAAGAUGAGCUAA